AUGUAUGAAGCACAACAUAGCGUUAGUGGAAAAAUAGUGGUUGUCGGUGACGGAGCAUGCGGGAAAACGUGCUUACUCGAGGUUUUCAAGAGAAAUAAAUUUCCCGAUGAAUACAUUCCUACCGUAGUGGACAACUUCGUGAAAGAGGUAAAAAUCAACGAAACGGAGAGCGUUAACCUAACACUUUGGGAUACCGCUGGACAGGAGGACUACGAUUCUGUGCGACCACUUUCCUAUAAAGACACCGAUCUUGUGCUGCUUUGCUAUACCAUCGAAAAUUGCCAAGUGCUGAGUAACAUCCCUAAGAAGUGGUUGUUCGAAAUCAAAAACUACUGUCCUUCGGCCAACUUUUUCCUGAUAGGAUUGAAAAAAGAUAUUAGGGAUGAGAAAACAAGCAAUGUGCAGGGCAUCGUCUCAUACGAAGAUGGACAAAAUAUGGCCAAUGAAAUUGGUGCAAAGGCAUUUAUUGAGUGCUCGGCCAAGACAGGUGAAAAUGUUGAUAGGGUGUUUUUAGAGUCUGCAAAACACAUAACGGCAUUCAAGAAGAGAAUGAAGGAGCAGCCGAACUGGUUCAAGAAAAUAUUUUGCUGUGGGCUCUGUUGA